AAAUGCUAUCCGCGGACGGGCGGCUCAUUGUCAGGAGAGUUGCGGCGCGAGCAGGAGGGAGAGAACGCAGGUACAGGUACAGCAGCAGCAGCAGAAGCGACACUUCAGCCACAGCAUCACAGAAAACACACUCUGCUACACUCAGCUGGCAGAGAGAAAAUGGAAACAGACAGAGUGAACUUCCCACCAGCAAGGAGUCCGUCUCUCAGGGACGAGCUAAGACAAGCAUCUCAGCACAGUUUCUACCUAAGCCCCCCUCCCCUCUACAUUAAACCCUCAAAAUUCUCCCCUCCUAGAUACCCCAGCAUAUCACCCUCUAGAGACACCUACAGCGUAUUCAGCCCGCCUGCUUUCUUUCCCAUGCUCAGCCCCAGUUACACUCAAAAGGAAGGAUCCCAAAAACGAAAACGAGUUCCUUUGAAAAUGGAUGCCCAGGGAGAUGAAUCCCCUGACAGGGAAGCAGAGGGAGACAAGGAAGAAAGCAAUAAGAAGACAGUCAACCAUUCCCAAAAUCCUUUCUCCUUCCCACCUCCUUCUGUUCCUUCGCCAUCUCCAAAGCUUGUUCCCGGUAUGAUUGAGCUGAACAGACUGCAGCUCCAUCACAGAACACCAGGCAUGACUCUACCUGUGCGAGUGAAACAGGAACCUCUCAGUCCCUCCCCUGUCUGGCCUCCUUCUCCUCUCCUCCUCCACCCUCCUUACUUCCCGUCUCUCCCUCACAGCCUCCUCUCAUACCCUUUCUUCAUGCCUGGCCCUGUCAUGCACCUCUCUCCUGGUUCUUUCUACCCAAGAGAGGACCUCCGGCCCAGGCAUCGCAGCCGUGAAGGACCUCCUCAUGGUGGGACGACCAGUGUGGAAAAGCUUGGUCUCAACAUCCACGUGGACGACAGUUAUUACGUUGAUGUGGGCGGAGACCAGAAGAGGUGGAAGUGUCGUUUGUGUGAGAAGUCGUACACCUCCAAGUACAACCUUGUCACGCACAUCCUUGGGCACAAUGGCAUCAAGCCACACGGGUGCCACCUGUGUGGGAAGUUGUUCAAGCAGCUGAGCCACCUGCACACACACCUGCUCACACACCAGGGCAUGAGGCCACACAAGUGUCAGGUAUGCCACAAGGCCUUCACCCAGACCAGCCACCUGAAGAGACACAUGAUGCAGCACAGUGAUGUCAAGCCUUACAGCUGCAGUGUGUGCGGGAGAGGUUUUGCAUACCCCAGCGAGCUUCGGGCCCAUGAGCUGAAACAUGAAAAAGGUCAGGAGAACGUAUGUGUGGAGUGUGGUCUGGAUUUCCCAACUCUGGCCCAGCUGAAGAGGCACCUGACAGUCCAUCGCGGCCCUACUCUGUACAGGUGUUCAGAGUGCCAGAAGACUUUCCAGUACCCGAGCCAGCUUCAGAACCACAUGAUGAAACACAAAGACAUCAGACCGUACAUCUGCAGUGAGUGUGGGAUGGAGUUCAUCCAGUCACACCACCUGAAACAGCACACGCUCACACACAAAGGGGUUAAAGAACACAAGUGUCGCAUCUGUGGUCGUGAGUUCACCCUGUUGGCCAACAUGAAGCGCCAUGUCCUCAUCCACACCAACAUACGGGCCUACCAGUGCCAAAUGUGCUUCAAGAGCUUCGUCCAGAAACAGACUCUGAAGGCCCACAUGAUUGUCCACUCAGACAUAAAGCCCUAUAAAUGCAAGCUUUGUGGCAAAGAGUUCAACAGGAUGCACAACCUAAUGGGCCACAUGCAUCUCCACUCAGACAGUAAACCCUUCAAAUGUCUUUACUGCCCCAGCAAGUUCACUCUGAAGGGAAACCUCACCAGACACAUGAAAGUCAAACAUGGAGUCAUGGACAGAGGCCUGGACGAAAGAUUGUUCAGGCAAAGGGGGCGAUACUGCCUCUCCACCCCAAUGGGCCUCCUCACCCGCUUCAGCCAGGAGGAGCCCUUUGACCUCUCCCAGAAGCCCCCAGGCCUUCCCAGCCUCCGCCUUCCCCAGUCUGAUGGCGAAAGCGUCCCUGGAAGCUCGUGUCAGGAGGAGGAUGAGGAGAGUUUGUACAGAAGGAGCCCAUACAGCCCUGAGGAGGACCAACAUGAACCAACAGGCAGAGACCAGUACUCAGAGCUGGAGGAGAGAGGGCAGAGGUCUUCAGGUGAACGAGGACCAGUAGAAAAGCAGAAACAAAUGUACCUGGACAGCUUAGAGGAGGAGGUAUAUGAUAGAGAGUCAGAGUCAGGACAUUCUGUAGAUCCUAGAGGUGACAUGAUGCACCUCUUACAGUCAGAGGAGACAUCUGAGAUGGUCUCUGAAUCUGAUUCAGAGAUAGGAGACGCCCACGAGACAGGCUGCAGUCGGUUGUAUGAUACUGAUUCAGAUUCAGAACUUGAUGAUCAGUGCAGGCUACAAAAGGAAGAGCAAAGCAAGCAACAGAUUAAUAUCUUUUGUGACAUGGCAGUCAGUGAGGUAGGGAGGAAUCAGAGUAGAUCAGAAAGAAGUGAAUCAAUGGAGGGAACAUCUGCUCAAGAUGAGGAAGAAGAAGAAUUUAAAUGAUAACAGAAAUCCAGGGCUCAGCUGUUCAAAGUAAUUUGAUUUUAUUGAAGUAACAGGAUUUAAUCAAAUCUUGAAAAUUAUUUGUCUUAAAAAAAAUAGGAUAAUGAAACCGGUGAGAUCAGGGGAACCCAAUCUUGGUUCUAUCCAGAUAAAACCACCAGUUUGUGGUAUCACAAAGUCAGGGUUAUCGAGGUCCAAGUAAAGGGCUCGAAUCAUGCUGGAUUUCAGGAACAGAAUGCUAUCAAGCUUUUAAGCCGACCAGACAAAAUAACAUUUUUACAAUGAGGCUGUUGUGAUGUACUAGAUGAAGUAGACUGAAAAGUGGGAAACAAGUAAACCAUUUUGUCCUUGUAAAAUAAUUCAUAAAACAGCUGUCAAUAGAGAACACAAAAUAAUGAUAUUCAAUGAAAAGCAGCUGUCAGGCUCAUAGACGGUAUAAAACAUGGACAUUGUCUAAGUGACGUCACCCACUGGCUUCUUAAGAGGCGUUAGCCAAGUUAGCCAUGCCCCUUAAUUAUGGCAUAUUUUGCUUAAUCUAUAACCCUAAUAUCCUUAAUAUGAAUGAGUUAUAAAAAAAAUCACCCCAUACAGUGUGGUGGAAUAUAUAAAUGGGCUCCUCGGUACCAGGCUGUAAAACAUGUUUAUUUCUGCUACAAAUGGUCAUUUCAACAUGGGUGUAAAUGGGGAUUGUUGGCUUUUGGAGCCUGCCUCAAGUGGACACAUGAGGAACUGCAGAGAUUUUUUCAGUUGGUGUGGAUUAAGGUGCCUCCUGUUGAUAAAGUAUGUAAUAUGAAAUUCCAUUUUGAGCACUAAAAAUUUAGAUAUGUUACCGUAGCGAGGCUGUAUGUUGUUGAUCAAAUCCAUUCGUUUUGAAAACCAAGCCAGAUUACCUGAUCAUGCAUAGAAAAGGUCGAUUUCCAAAUUGUUUCCUUCUUAUCCAGAUUACACCUUUUGAAUGACUGAGCCCAGAGGAUGAAUUCAAAGAAGAUUCAGGUUUGAAGUAUCCUGAUUGGUAGGAAAAAUAGAUAGGCUGUUCAGAGAGAAGGAACAGCAUGUGGAUUUCUAAUAAACCUGAUUAUGGAGGAAGUUCUGUAUUAGCUUAGCAGGGAUAAAAUACAUAAAAACAUAUCAUAUUUGUUCAUGAAGCAAAAACAAAAAUGUUACUGAUAGAAAGCUGUGAAGAAUUCUGCAUGUUGUAAACAUAUCAUUAACAUAUCAAAAAUCACUAACUAGUAAAUGUGUAUCAUAGAUGGAAAGUUUAAUGUAGCUUUUUUGUACAUAGAAUGAAAUACAUAUUUAAUUUUUUUUAACAACAAAAAAUGUAAUGUUGAAUCUAAAAUGUAAUUUUCUCUUAAUUUAGAAAUGUCUUUCAUGAUAUCAGAAGCAAAAAUGUGUUAUCCCGCACUCUAUUGUGUAUGUUUUGGGAAUAUUUCUUUAUUUGCCUUAUUUUGUUUGUGGGAUUUUGUACAUAAAAUCACAUUUGAUGUAAUAAUGUUGUUUGGGUAGAUACAAAUAUUGCAAAACUUGAGAUGUUAUAUCCACUGAGUGUCUUUAUUAGAGAAACUGAAACUUUUUUUAUAUUUGGAUAUUUUUUAGACCUUUGUUAGCUCUGUUUUUGGAGGAUGAUGUGUUUUUUAUUCUUUGGCUGUGUAAUGUUGGUCAACUGAACAUAAAACUGCUAAAUAAAAGCUGAAAUGCAUGAACA